AUGCACAGCCGCAUUGCGAAUGGUCUCUUCCAGGUCGCCAGUCAGUUUAACCUGCUUGAGUUUUCGUCCUCGGAGGUGACACCGGAGCACGGAGUGCGUCACUACGCGCACGAUCGGACCCAGGGGCCGGCGUGUGCGACGGCGUGCAUGGGCGGUACCGCCUAUCGUAACUACCUACUGCAUCCAGAUUUUUUUGGGUUCACCAGUGCCGCGUCGGUCACAGAAAAUGCCGAUGAGGCUACCCGGGGACAGCAAGCGGAUCACCAGGUGAACAUGCUGAACGACCUCGUCGAGUACCUUACCCGUGCGCGCAGCAGUGACAAUGCCGCUACUGCGGCAGGAUCCACCGAUUCGACUGCUUGCAGCGUGCCGGCGCUGCCACGAGAGCACUUCUUCACGAUCCGCAACGGGUAUUUUUUUAAGAAGCCGCCAAUCUCCACGCUGAGCGCUCGAUUACAGCGCAUCGCGGCUGCCGAAGGGAUCUCGAUUGCGGAUGUGGAGGAAGAGUUGGUAUCACGCCUCCGCAUCGGGCUGGUUGAAGACGCCACCGUGACACUGUCUCUGCAUGGUGAGCUUGUCCCUCGCGUUCGUGCGCCGUGCCAACUCGGUGAUCAAGCGGGGGGGAAAGUCGCGUGCAGGUUGGGUGCAGAUGUGGCUGCCGCGGUGAAAGUCCAUAAUGUGACUCAAACGUACAACAGCGCCUUGAGUCUGCCAUCUCAAGUUCACUGCACACUCUUGGAGUGGAACAACAUAGCCGCUCUCUCCCGCAUCAUCUUGCGCGGCACCUACGAGGCCACACUCCUGGCCGGCGUGCAACACACCCUCCGUGAAUUGGAGCGGCAGGCCACCUUCGCUGACGCGUCUUCGCCCACGACACCGGCCUUCUCACUGCCGCCAAUCUUUCUCACCAAGGUGGGCGGUGGUGUCUUUAGGAACGACGCGGAGUGGAUUGCGUCUGGUAUUGCGUCGGCGGUGUACCGCGUAGCCGCGCUCAGCGUACCGCUUGACGUGCGACUCGUGCACUUUCGAAAGGUAGACGAGUACUACGUGAACUACUUUCCAUCGUGGCCCGUGCUGGACUAA